UAUCUGCUUUGUAUCUGGUUUUUAGUCUAUAUAGAACUUAAUGUAACUGUACCUUUUGCAAGUUGCAAUCAACCUCUAGUCCCAUGCAGUUAUGUUCAAUAUGCAGCAGCAAAAGGUGAAAAGAUGUGGUUAAAUUGGUUAUUCAGUCAAAAUGUGUGGAUUCAUUUUACAAGUCUUGCAAUAUUAUAUCCUCUUUAUUUAACUACUGCUUCAUCAACCAAUUGAUUGGGUGACCUAAAGUGCAACAGUUUAGUUACUCUUAUGGUUAUAUCAUUGCUGCUAUAUUUGUUGCCCUUGCCAUGCCUUAUGAGAAAGCCAGGCAGACCAUCCUGUGUUCAAGUCAAGAUGAGAACCUCUAUCUCUCUCUCUUUUUUAGAGAAAAACCUGAUCCAGUCUUCAGCAGAUAAGGAAUAAACAGUGAUGUGGUUGCCAACUUGUCAUGGUCGUAAGCUAUCUAAUUCUAGGUUGCCAUGAAUGCAGUCCCUGCCCUCAUUCCUCUAUAGCAGGGCAAGAGGCUUGUCUCGGUUCAAUGAGCAACAGUCCUAGAGGCAGAGUUUGGGAACAUGUCUCGCUUCAAUUAUUGCAUGGCACUGUCAGAACUGCAUGGACAGCUCCCCAUUCUAUUAACAGGGACCUCAAUCUUCAACACCUACAAAUCCCCUUCUCUUUAGGCUGCUGAAAAUUCAUAUAUGAUGAUGAUACUGAAGCCCCCCUUUGUCAUGUUCAGUCUGUAAAAUGAGGCGCAUAGUUCUUCUUCCAACACAUGAAGCAUGUGAAGUUCAACCAGAAAGUUUCCUGUUUGCAUAAAUGCUGAACAUCGGAGUGAGGGAGUAGCUGGAUCAAGUGUCAAGCAGGAGGUUGAAAAUUGAAAUUGCCAAAAGCAGAUGUCUUUUUCAGAAUAAAUUGGGUGGAGUAGUAGGGCCUUGGCCUUUGAUGAACAUUCAAAACUGUGUCCACAGGUUCACGAGCAUUUGUUGUGAUAAAAUAGCAGCCCCAUGUGGGCAGAGCCACCUCCAUGCCGAUAUUAUGGAGCAUGAAUGGCCAUUCAAGGCUAGUACUAGGGAGGUCUGGAAAUGAAAAAAAUUGGAACAAAGAAAAGUUGAUAUUUCACAAUCAAGUUUUAACUAUCUGUAAUGUUUCUGGUUAUCAUAUCAAGUUUUCUCUCUGUCUUCUUUGUUGAUAUGUAUAUAUAAUUAGACUCCUCGGGGCUGUUCCACCAUCUCAAAAGACAUGGAGGAAUCGAUCGACUCAUCUCUGAGCAGCUCACGCUGUUGCUCAGAGGAGAGUGGAUGGACCACGUACUUGGAGGACUUCAUGGCAGCAGAGGAGAAAUCACAGGUGGCGAGUUGCUCUUCCACCAUUUGGGAUGCUGCUUCAGCUUCAACAAGAGCAGUUGAUGUAGCAGUGUCAACAGAGUGCAGAAAACUGAGACUGACGUGGGAGAAGGACGAUGAUUCUUUGCAAGAUACUGCCUCCUCAUCGUUCAACAGUUCCAAGGCUGCUGAAAUCGAUCACACAACAACCAAGGUUAUGAAUGAUCAAGAACUUAAAGAAGUUGAAGAUGGAUUUAAUUUUAUUGACGGAACAGAUGGACCCAAGAAUGCUUGUUUAGUUCCAUGUCAGUACAUUACCUCUAGGAGGACAGACCAUUGAUUUGGAUAAUCAACAGACAUGGGAACUCUUGUAUCGAUUCUAUCAAAAUUGUGCAUAAAACUGUGAACUGUUAAUAAAUCGGUCAGUAUAAAACCGAUGGAAAUUGUAAAAAUGGGUUGAAUAAUAGACUAUAUUGUUGCAAA